GACGUAUGAAAAUAACCUGAGUUUUUAAAGAUGCCAGGUGCUUUUUUAGAAAACAUUGAUGAUAUUGAGGAUUUAAUAUCAUCUCAAGACAUAACACCUAAAGAAAGAUACGCUAGUAGAAAAACUGUGAGUGUAAGAUCUCGUAGACGUGACACGAAAAAUGAAGUUGAGACCGUGGAAAAGGUUAUAUUGGAGAGUGUUGUACCAGGUACCCAAACAAUUUAUGUGAAGACGUGGGGUUGUGCACACAAUAACUCUGACUCAGAGUACAUGGCAGGAUUGUUAGCAGCUAAUGGAUACAGACUUACAGAAGACAAAUUUCAAGCGCAGCUGUGGUUACUCAAUUCUUGCACUGUAAAAAGCCCAGCAGAAGACCACUUCAAGAAUGAAAUAGAGCUGGGACAGAGUCGUGGCAUCCACGUGGUGGUGGCGGGAUGUGUGCCGCAGGGCGCGCCCCGCGCUGGGUACUUGCGCGGUCUCAGUGUCGUCGGAGUGCAACAGAUAGACAGGAUAGUGGAGGUUGUUGAGGAAACACUGAAAGGUCACACAGUUCGUUUAUUUGGGCAAAGAAAAACUGAUGAAGGACGAAAAGCUGGUGGUGCAUCGCUCCUCCUGCCGAAAGUACGCAAAAACCCCCUAAUAGAGAUUAUACCAAUCAACACUGGUUGCUUAAACCAAUGCACAUAUUGUAAAACUAAACAUGCCAGAGGUGAACUUGGUAGCUACCCACCUGAAGAAAUAAUAGAGAGGGCGAGGCAGUCGUUCGAGGAGGGAGUUGUGGAAAUAUGGCUUACUAGUGAGGAUACAGGAACGUAUGGUCGUGAUAUCGGUACAUCCUUGCCAGAGUUACUGCGCGCCCUCGUACAAGUGAUCCCUGCAGGUUGUAGACUGAGACUCGGUAUGACUAAUCCGCCCUAUAUACUGGAACAUUUACCUGAUGUGGCACAAAUCAUGAAACAUCCGCGAGUAUACAAGUUCCUACACGUGCCCGUACAAUCUGGCAGCGACCAAGUACUGGCGGACAUGAAGCGAGAAUAUUCCCGCAAGGAAUUCGAGCACGUCGUCGACUUCCUCAGAGAGAAGGUCCCUGGUAUGACGAUAGCGACGGACAUAAUCUGUGGUUUCCCGACGGAGACGGAGCAAGACUUCCAGGAGACCAUGUCCUUGUGCGACAAGUAUCGGUUCCCGUCACUCUUCAUUAACCAAUUCUUCCCCAGACCAGGCACUCCAGCCGCCAACAUGCAAAAAGUACCCGGGCAAGAGGUAAAGAAACGAACGAAAAUGUUAUCAGAACUGUUCAGAUCGUAUGAGCCGUACGGCCACAAAGUUGGCGAGAUUCAAGAAGUCUUAGUAACAGACGUGUCACACGACAAAAACUAUUUCGUGGCCCACAACGAAUAUUAUGAACAAGUACUAGUGCCCAAAGAUGAUAAAUAUAUGGGAAAAAUGCUCACAGUCAAAAUCACUAGUGCGAGUAAAUUCUCUAUGAUGGGAGAGCCCAUAGACCAACCUAAGAUGCCGGGCUUGAUCGCGCCAUUGAAGAAGGGUGAAAUUUCCGGUGUCUAUAGUCGGAAAAUUGUGAAUAAAGUCCCGAUUCCAAUUCCACUUUUGGUGGCGGCGCUCGCUUUAUUAUUUCGAAUAAUAUGGCUGUUUUUAUAGUUUCAAUGUAAAUAUAUCGUUUAUAAGGCAAAAUUGACGUUUUUUUUAUAAGUAUCAUGUUUUAAACAAAUAUUACAGC